AUGCCAGCUCUUCCCUCCCCAUACAAGGCUAGGAAGAGGACAAAGGGAGAUUCUCCACCUACACUAUCGAGCAAUGAGCUUGCGAGACCAGACAAGAAGGCAGGCGUCCAAAGUCCGGCAUUUCCAUUAGUGGCAUUCUUCUGGCCUGCAAAGAAGAACACAUCGCAAUGGAUGAUACUACCCUUAGUCCUGAUGGUCGUUGGCUUGUUCAGAUGGUGCGCGGGGCUCUGGGGCUACUCUGGUUUCCAAACCCCUCCAAUGCACGGUGAUUACGAAGCCCAGAGGCACUGGAUGGAGGUUACUACACAACUGCCGAUAUCAGAAUGGUACUUCUACGAUCUGCAGUACUGGGGCCUAGACUACCCUCCUUUGACUGCAUACCAUAGCUGGCUUCUUGGAAAGAUCGGCUCUUUGUUCAAUACGUCUUGGUUCGCCCUCUAUACCUCUCGUGGCACUGAAGAACAACUUCUCAAAGUCUUUAUGCGAGCCACAGUCAUCGUCUCUGAGUACGUCGUGUACAUACCAGCAGCAAUCAUCUUCAAUCGAAAGCUUGCUCAACAGCGAGGCAUCGGCAAAUGGGAGAGCUUGAUAGCUUUAACGGCUAUACUUAUGCAGCCUGCCACGAUCUUAAUUGACCAUGCACACUUCCAAUACAAUACCGUCAUGCUUGGAUUCGUGGUGGCCAGCAUGUCAAGUCUUCUAUCAGAUCGCUACAUGUGGGCUUGUGUCUUUUUCGUUUCCGCAUUAUGCUACAAGCAGAUGGCGCUAUACUUCGCCCCAGCAAUGUUUGCCUACCUCAUUGGCGUCUGUCUUCUUCCCAAGCUACACAUUGGCCGCUUCAUAGGAAUAGCCAUCGUCACUAUACUUUCUUUCGCCCUGAUGUUUGCACCCAUACUCCUCGGCUCUCUCUACGAUAAUUACAAAGGGAUCUCGCCACCGCUUGACAUUACAGAUCGAGAGGUGAACCCUAUCUUCUUCCAAAUCUUGCCAUACAUCGGCUCCAACUCCUACCUUUACUCGCUUCUGUCACAACUCACACAAAGUAUCCACCGCAUCUUUCCCUUCGCCCGCGGCCUCUUCGAGGACAAGGUCGCCAAUGUUUGGUGCGCCAUCCAUACGCUUCACAAGCUCAACACGUAUUCCAUCCCGCUUCUACAGCGCGUCUCGCUACUAGCCACUAUCGUCGCCAUUUUACCCGCCUGCAUGACAAUCUCUACCUCACCCAGAAAGGAACUGAUACCAUGGGCCUUAGCUAGCAGUGCGUGGGGCUUCUUCUUGUGCUCGUUUCAGGUCCAUGAGAAAAGUGUGCUGCUACCUUUGCUACCGAUGACAAUGAUGCUUGGUGGAGAUGGUGGUCUGGGUGUCGAGAUGAGAGCAUGGGUCGGAUGGGCGAAUAUGCUUGCUGUAUGGACGCUUUUUCCGCUGCUGAAGAGGGACGAAUUGAGGAUCCCCUACUUCGUGCUCUCACUGUUAUGGGCAUAUCUGAUGGGAUUACCGCCCACCAGCCUAGAUCUGUACCUUGGGCAACAGGCAAGGAAGGGCGGUAUCCGUAUGUCAACAAGCACUGUGCACCUCGGCUUCUAUGCAACGAUGGUUGGAUGGCACCUUGCCGAGGCUUUUAUCGAAACUCCCAAAGGAAAACCGGAUUUGUGGGUCGUGCUGAAUGUAAUGAUCGGAGCGGCGGGAUUUGGCAUCUGCUAUGUCUGGUGCACGUGGCAGCUAUUGCUACGAAGCGGGAUUCUGCAGGAAUGGUUUGACUUUCGGACCGAGUUGGGGAAGGAGGGUAAAAAGGACGGGAAGGAGCGGGCGUCAACUCCAACGCCGCAUGGGAGCAAGACGAAAAGUUUGAGGAGUGGCAAGACGCCGAAAAAGUCGUGA